AACAAAGUGACUGGCGGCUGGUGCUGUAUCAGCCUACCAUAUCUAUGACAGAUCUUUUUUUGGUUACAAAAAGGAUAGCAACUUAUUAAUGAGACAUAUCUGGGAAAUACUUCUGUACAUAUUUUUCAUCGAAAGACAGAAUUGUUCUCAUCAUUAUAUUUGCUGGCAUGAGCUGGUUAAGAUCCAAUUAGAACUGGAGUCAAUAAACUGAGAAACGGCGGAUCAAUUGCACGUGUAAAACCAAAAGAAUCUUAACAGAAUCAUCCUUUGCACAUACUGUAACAGAACUUAGCUAUAUAGAGCGCAUUUGUCCUAGCACGAACUUGAGAUUUCUUUAGUUCUUGCUUGUGAGUUCUGGCAAGUUGUACUGUAGAUGCAGGUGAUAAGUGCAAAUGCUACUUGUAGGCCUAAAUGGCCUACCACUAGCAGCAAAAGGAUAAUCUAUCUGUCAGAUAAGGUGGUCAGAACCUCUUGAUCAACUAAAUAUUGCAUUUACUUAUCUUUAUCUGGAUUCAACCUAUUCCUGCCAGCUACUCCAUCCCAAAAUAUAAGCCGUAUAACUUUAGUCAAAGGUCAAACCUACUAAGUCUGACUAAAUAUUUACGGAAAAAAUUCAACGUCUACAAUAUUGAAUAGACAUAUUGAGAAAAUAUACUUUAUGGUGAUUCUACUAAUGUUGAUUUAGUAUUCUAGAUGUUCAUAUUUUUCUGCAUAAAUUUGGUCAAACUUAGAAGAUGUUGACUUUUGACUAAACUUAUAUGCCUUAUAUUUUGGGAUGGAGGGAGUACUAACAGAUCAGCAAAGCAAGCGAUUUUGUUGAUAUGAUGAUGAUUUGAAUGUUGGUUCACAUGGAAUAAUUGCAAUAUAAAGGAUCGCCAGACUUCAUGGCUGAAGUUGAAGGGGAUCAGGGUGUUGCAAAGGCGGUGACACACUGGAAAUAAAAUGAGAGAACUAGAAUGGUUGGGAGAUAGCAAAUAGAGGCAAGAAAGAUAUGUUUCUUUUUUAUGUGAAAGCUUACAAAGCCUGCUCUUAUAUAGAGUUGCUCAACGUGGCGCUAGGCUCGUAUGCUGACUUGGAAAGUAACUCACUUCUAAUGUAUCUAUUUCCCUCUACUGGAUAAACUAACAUUUAAGUGAUGACAUUUUGCCGUAGUAGUGACACCAUACGUAAGUACCUCUUGAGUUCAAGUGAUUGAUCUCUCGUUUGCUGAUAGUCUUCUUUUUCCUGCUUAUACCGGUUUCGUGCUCAUCGUAGCCAAGGUGAUAAACGUGUGGAUCAGCUUUCACCACAAAGUGCUCUGAACCUAUUGUACUUUAUUCUAUGGAUAAUGUUUUUGUUGUUAUGAUAUUUGUUGCGAACCAGAUAAAGAUAGCAUUGAUUCUUACGUUUCUUAAUUUUAUUUUGAUUUCCUAUCUAGAGUCUUAUCUUGAGAAUUCAGAAUUUUGGAGCAAACUAAAAACGAUGGAUGAAAACUUAACAUCUAGGUCUACAACCAGUGUAAGCUUUAUGUUGAGUUUACCAAAUGGAAAAAAAGUAAGGUGAAGCACUGCAUAAAAAGACUAUGUUUACCUCAUCUUUUUCUUACUAUUUCUCUAAACUGGACAAGUAAGAUCUGGUGGAUAUGCUCACCAGAGGUGGCGGUACCAGUGUUCUAGGUAUGGCUGGGUUGCCAGAUUUGGGGUUGAAGCAGUCUAAUUAGAGAAGGAUAGGUUCCUUUUGUCUUGCACACGCUCACCAUCAUCCCAUUCUCAUCCUAUAUAUUCUGAACGGGGUUGUAAACCCAUCAGCUGAGUCUAUCCUCUUCAUCGCUUUCUAGUGCCGCUGCCUCUCCAUGUUGCUGCUGCAGUAAAGAUGCUGAGUUGCAAUAAGCAAAUAAAUGAAUCUUCACUUUUUUGUAUCAAACAAUUUAUAUAUGCUCUACUGGCCUUUUAUGUUUCAUAUUGUUUCCAGAAGCUUAUGUUGCAUGCUAAUAUACAUAUAUAAAGAGGAUUGUGGAAAAGUUACUCAAACUUUGUGGCUUUAUGCAUCCUUUGCCUAAUUUAACAUAGUUGACUAACCUAUUCCUUAUCUAACCUGAGGCCUUACAAGAGUGUGGGCAAGGUCUCACUGCAUUCAGGAAGUUGUGACAUGGGCUUUCCCACGGCAAGUUAUCUUGAUGUACCAUUUGUCAGUAUUCCAUACUUCCAUUUAAUUCUCGUUCCUUAUCUUGGGCUACCUUUUGUUCUUUUUGCUGUACCUGGAAGGAGGCUUUCUCCUGAGUAACCUAUAGAUUCAAGGCAUUGUGCUCUUCUUGUAACUUGAGUGGUCAAAUAAACUAAGACUAAAAGGCACAAAGUGACUUAAGAUAUGGUUAAAUUAGGGACAGCUUGGAACGGUCACAUGAUUUACACGUAGAUGUCUACAACGUCGCCACUGAAGGUGUUACUGCAUUGGUUGGACCUUGUGGCACACAAUUUCUGCAUAUAUUAGAAAUCAAAAGCUUGGAGCCAUUUGGUUUGUGCGUUGUUGACAUUUUACAAGAGUCUCACAUGAUAGCUUUGCUCUUUGCAGAUAUGCAUAAUUAGAAACUAAAAACGCCCGCUUGUGGGUAGUAACAGGCAGUUGAUUAUCCUAGCGAGGUAAUCCUGCUGACCUGCGUGAUGUCUUUGUCAAUGUUGUUGCCUGGUUUUUUUUGUUAGAUGCCAUCUCCCUAAAUCUGCUCACUUUUUUGUCAUUUUGGACAUUUUAUCAUCUAGAAUUGCCUGACCCAAUUGGCACAAUCAAACAUCGAAUCGUUUGGCAUCCUGCAGGAUCAUCUAAAGCAUCUGAAUUCCUUCAGUCCACCUGAUUACUACGCAUUUGACAUGAAAUUUUAAUAUUUCUCACCAACGAAUCCAUAUUCACGAAACAUCCUUCUUCAUGCCUUCAUUGUCAAUCAUCGGAACCGGGGACUCUGAAGUAUGUCUAGUAAUAUUGCUAAAGUAGUGCUUUUCAUUGCUACGCUGAUAUGAAAAGAUACUCCGUACUAGAUGUGCUGACUUGGAUACCACAGAAAAUAUUAGCCAUUAAGCUUGUAACUGUCAGCAACGUGCGGAAGAAACAUACAGCUUUAUGGAGGAACCAGCACUCACGGUGCUUUACCCACCAGGAUUGCUGUUGAUGGCCUUAGUAGCUCUUACCUCACAAAUCACCCUCCAGUUUGCUAGGUGGCUAAUUCUGAUACACUCAAAGUGGAGGGGCAGAGGUGGUCAAAGCGAGUUGCAGGGUUCUGAAGAAAGAUUUAGCCAGAUACCAAGGGUGAAAAUGUAUUCAAGAAGGACACUACUUCACACUCCAUUCCCUGGGCAACCCUCUGGUCCAAGCCAGCCAGUGGCUGGAACCACCGCCCCUGGAAGCAUCUUCGACGCAAACGUCGUCAUGAUCCUAGCUGUUCUUCUCUGUGCAUUGAUCUGCGCACUUGGGAUCAACUCGAUAGCCCGGUGUGCACUGCGGUGCUCAAGCCGGGUUGUCGUGGGUGCUGAGCAAAAUCAUGUGAGCCGGCUGGCGAAGGGUGGGCUAAGGAGGAAGGCCCUCCGGGCCAUGCCUAUCCUGGUCUACUCCUCUGGGUUGAAACUCAAUACUGCCUGCCCGAUGUGCGCGAUUUGCCUCUCAGACUUUGAGGCUGGAGAGCAUGUAAAAGUCCUGCCCAAGUGCAACCAUGGUUUUCAUGUCAGAUGCAUUGAUCGGUGGCUCCUGGCGCGAUCGUCGUGCCCAACAUGCCGGCAGUCCUUGUUCGGGGAGCCGCAGAAGACGUCUGGCUGCUCCGAGCUGAGCCAGGACGACCCAGCAGGAGUCCACGCUGCCCUUGUGCCACUCAGGCCUGAAGGUCCCAUCACUACAUAUGAUUUUUAGAGUCUUCCAGUUGUUACAUGAAGGAUAGAAGGGUGGGGAAUAGAACGAUAGAAGGUUCGUGUUCACUAGAUGUUCCUGCCAAACUGGCUUGUAGUCCUGUUGCUUCUGUACAUUCUGUAGUCUCUAGUAGAAGUUAUACAUUUCCUCGAUGUUUUA